UUAGUCUGUGUAGUUACCCAGUGGCAGUAGUAGGUUUUGGCGAGCACACUAGACAAUAAAACAAACAAAGUGCGAUUAUGUCUCCUCAACUGGGGUAUAUUUAACCAUAUAAAAUAACUGUUUAGUUCAUAGUUAGUAUUGGUGAACUUACAAAGAAAAUGUAUAGACUUCUGGUUCUACUUCUGGUUUUAUCAGCAACGACAUGUCCUAUUUGGGCAUUUGAAGAUUACUACGAAGAACCUAGUCAAAAACCUCGUGGCCAACAAAACGUCAAUUAUCACAGUAACGGACAGUUAAAUGAGGGGCGCUCUGGAAAUCUACGCCCAAGACAGACUCACACGAAUAUCCAUGAACCUACAACUGUUGGGAAGUUCAUUGAAUCAGCGUCAUCUAAUACGAACGCUUAUUAUAAUGCAUCAGGAAACAACGGUUAUCCCGACAAAAAUAAGAACAAAAGAAAAUCUCAAGAAUUCGCAAACGGAAUGAUUUAUCCACCAGACUUUGACAAUCUGUCAAUCGCUAUGAAUCAAAUAAAGUCAAGAUCCUGUUUCUACGGGCUGUGCGAUGAAGUAGACGACUAUCCCGUGGAAAAAAUCCAACGAAUUCUCAACAAUUCGGAGCUCAAAAAAUUUUUUUCAACAGUUAAGUUCGAGAAUCGGUUUGCUGAAACAGAAGAAGGUGACAACCUGUGCGCCACCGUGACUCACACUCGCUUCCCAAAGACCGCCAAAAAUAUACAGGAUAAGGAGCAGGUGAUCGUCAACGUGGACCAGUAUAAACAGGGCAUCGAAUUCGAGACGUGCAAAGAAGAAGGACCUUGCAGCUUUGCGGAAAAUUUCCCGAAUAACUUCACACCUAAAUGCGUCCAGAGAUACACAGUGAGGAAAUUGAUGAUCGUGGGAAAGGAAUCCGAUGACACCGUUUUUGAUUAUUUCAAGAUACCUUCGUGCUGUGUAUGCGUGGUCAAAAAGUAAAAGCGUGUCUAGACACUUAUUGGAAUUAAAUUUCUUCAGCUACUUGUAGAAAUACUUGGCUUUAAAGUAAACUCCGCUGUGUGGAUGUAUGUGUAAAAAAACUAUUAUGUGACUUGAGUAUUAAAUACAAUUUAGAUGUGCGAGUUUUAUAGAGCACGAUUUUGAUAGUUUAUAAAAUGUUAAUAGUAAUGAUAGUAAUAAAUACAUUGUUUUUGUUCGA